AGUGGAGACUGGUCCAUGGCCCGAGGUGAGCCCUUCUGGCAGAACAACUCCAGCUUCUCCCCUCCGCUUUCGCGGAGAUGGGACCUCCGGUUUCGCUCUGAAGGUCGGUCUUUGGGGUCGCAUGGUGAUUCUUCGAAUAGUAAAGAGAGCAGGAACUGGUUGAGAGGUGAAAGAGGGGAAUUUGGACACAGCCACAGGUAUUCCCCGUCCGAUGGUGUUGGUUCCUAUGUCGGCAGCCCCUCGGAUAGUUUUCUUUACCACCAUUUGACUCCGUCCUCGGCCAUAGGUGUUAACCUUGACGAUGAUACUAGAGAGCAAGCAUCUGGUCCUCUAAACUUCUCCCGUUUGCCAGAGGUAACUUCAGGAUUCUCACAAAGCAUAGGUUCCACAUCCUCUCGUUCAGAUGGCAGUGAAUAUGAGAACACACUGAAAGCUCAUGUUCCCUCCCGUCGUAGUUUCUCUAGUCGCUAUUCUUUUAUGUCAAAGCCAGUUCAUCCAGUUCCGUUCACAGACUGCACCGGUGAAGGUGAAGAAGCCACUGGUUCUACCCCAGCUACUUACUCAAAAAGCAGUCCUCCCUCUGAUUUUAAGUCGAUUCAAGCAUUUACUGAGCUCCAUUCCCCCGGGGAGUUUGAGUUUGGUGGCUCCUCCAGGAGAGGAACUGGUCAAUGGAGCAGUGCUAGCAGCAUUGAGCUUGCUGAUGUUUCUGAAACAGUGGAGGCUGAAUGCUCUAGUCUUUCAUAUAGCAACAUUUAUGAAGGAGCCAAGUGUUGCCUUUGUGAGAGGUUCCUCUCACAGAGGUCACCGUGGGGUUCUCGCCGAAUUGUUCGAAAUGGGGACAUGCCUGUUGUUAGUGUACUGUCAUGCUGGCAUGUUUUUCAUGCGGAAUGCUUGGAGCGGACCACAUCGAAAACUCAAAAACACGACCCUCCUUGCCCACUAUGUGAGAAAUCAGAGGAGAAUGUUUGGGAGCAGUGGGCUGCUUGCAGGUUAAAGAAUGGGGUCCCUCGAUUGAAGCCAUUAGGGGAGGAAGGACCCUCCUCGAAAGUUUGGACUUGUGGCCAAGUUGGAGAUUGUGUGGAGAGGGCUUUACAAACACCUAAAAGAGCUAAUAUGCUUUUACUUAAUCGGAAUCGGCUCAAGAGGCAACUAUCACUGAAGGGGAGUUCUGGAAAAGGAUUGGGCCGAGAAUUCGAAGAAAAAGUGGUUUUUUAUUCAUCGAAGGUGCUUGAUGGGACGGAAACUUCGGAGAUCAGGUAA